CUGCCGCCUCUGCUGUUACCUAAACUGGAAGGCAGCGUGAGAGGAGCGCGGAGAGGCUGGAGCGAGGAGCUCGCGGGAGCGCGUGGGCAAGAGGACUUUGCCCAGGGGAAACAGCCGCCGCCGUCGCCUUUGAUCCCUCCAGCAUCCCGCCGGCUUUUGAUUUUUGGCUGCUGGUCCUUAAUUUGAUCCCUUGCUCUUUUUCUCCUCUCCUUUUUCAAAACCCAUCCUGCCAAACAAAGGAAACAGAAGGAACAUACACACAAACGCGCGCACGCCUAUUUGCCGGAGGAAGGAGAGAUGCGUUCGAUUCGGAAGAGGUGGACUAUCUGCACGAUAAGUAUCCUCUUGAUUUUUUACAAGACAAAAGAGAUUGCGAGAACGGAGGAGCACCAGGAGACACAAGCCAACGGAGACGGUGAGCUAAGUUUAAGUAGAUCAAUGGUCAAUAGCUCUGAUAAAAUAAACCAAAAGAGUGGCUCUUCAAUGUUCCAGCAUUCCGUAGAAAGAUGGAAAAUCAAUUCUUCCUUGGUACUGGAAAUAAGGAAGAACAUUCUUCGUUUCUUGGAUGCAGAAAGAGAUGUCUCAGUAGUCAAAAGCAGCUUCAAGCCAGGAGAUGUAAUCCAUUACGUGCUAGACAGACGCCGCACACUAAAUAUUUCUCAGGAUUUACACAGUCUUCUUCCUGAAGUUUCACCAAUGAAGAACCGCCGAUUUAAGUCAUGUGCUGUUGUAGGAAAUUCUGGUAUUCUCCUUGAUAGUGGCUGUGGAAAAGAGAUUGACAACCACGAGUUUGUUAUAAGGUGCAAUCUAGCUCCCGUGGUGGAGUAUGCUGCCGAUGUGGGGACUAAAUCAGAUUUUAUUACCAUGAACCCAUCAGUUGUACAAAGAGCAUUUGGAGGCUUUCGGAAUGAGAGUGACAGAGAGAAAUUUGUGCAUAGGCUAUCCAUGCUGAAUGACAGUGUCCUUUGGAUCCCUGCUUUCAUGGUCAAAGGCGGAGAGAAGCAUGUGGAGUGGGUUAAUGCAUUAAUCCUUAAGAAUAAAUUGAAAGUGCGAACUGCCUAUCCAUCACUGAGACUUAUUCAUGCUGUCAGAGGUUAUUGGCUGACCAACAAGGUUUUCAUCAAGCGACCUAGCACAGGACUCCUCAUGUACACACUUGCUACGAGGUUCUGCGAUGAAAUUCAUCUCUAUGGAUUCUGGCCCUUCCCAAAGGAUAUAAAUGGAAAGCCCGUCAAAUAUCAUUAUUAUGAUGACUUAAAGUAUCGAUUUUUUUCUAAUGCCAGCCCACAUAGGAUGCCAUUAGAGUUUAAAACUUUAAGUAUGUUGCAUAACAGAGGAGCACUUAAAUUGACGACGGGGCGGUGUGCGCAGCAAUAAAGCACAAGUCGAGGACUAGGAGAAGUGCCAGAUCUGGGCUUCGCCAUGCAGAUUUUAUGGAAGAGCAGUGGGAUCAAAACAGUGGAUUUAUCCCUGUGCGCUGUACCAAGCCAUUGGAGAACAAGGAAGUGCACCGGAACUCCCGUACCAGCGAACCUUUUUACCUGUUGAAGUGCUAAAUCUUGAGUGCAAUGGUUCGAGUAAGUGCCACUUUCUCUAAGAGCAAAGCUUGAAUGUAUAAAAUCAGUAGUGUUUACAAGAUCCAACGAUGCAUUCAUCACCUGUUAAAGAAGCAAAUAGUCCAUUUACUGCUCAUUUGCCAACACAAAGUCUGGCAGCGUGUAACGAAAUACCCAAGAGGUGGGGUCUGCCCUGAAGGAAAUACUUUGCAUUUGGCAGCAACAAUCAAGGUGGAAUUGGCAGAGCAGUGGAUAACAUCACAAACAUCAAGCAAAAUACCUUCAGCCGGGGCCGUCCCUGGCUUUGUAUUAUAACCUUUCUCUUUUUCCUCCCUGUUUUUAAAAUUGUCAUUCAUUUUCUAUGGUGUUUGGGUAUUGGAGCCCCUUAAGGGAUUUUGACAAGAUAAUACUAUGAACAUUUUAAGUAAUCUUCAAGAAGUGGUCUUAGAAGAUCUUAUUUUUUAAACAAAAUCUUCAUUGCAUCUUAUUGCUCAGCUUACGCAUUGCAGCUGAAGUUGCCUCCACGUGACAACUUGCUGCUGCUGUAACACAUAGAGCCAGUCAUCAGGUUUUGCCCCCGCAGCCCCAUAUCUCAGCACCAGCCACUUCUAGGAACAUGUUCUGCUGGGGAAGGCGAUGUCGGGAUGUGUAUGGGAAAUGGGAGCGGGGAGGGUCAUCUCACUAGGUUGUUCUGGAUGGUAUAACUUGCUGAAAAAAGCUUAGGAUCUCCCAACUGCUUUUAGGUGCUUCUUUUAGGGUGAACUGCAUGUUACAAUAAACACACAACAAAAGUGUGCUCAAACUUCUGAACAAAAAGCAGCUGUGUAGUCACAAUCCGGACUGGUGACACAUUCCACAUCAGGGCUCCAAACUAAUUUUUCUGCUAACCUCUUCUCUCCAGCUGCUGAUGGCUCCUGAAUGUAUUUAGGAAAACGCCAUACAAAAUACACGGUGUGUACAAACUUGUAUAGAGUAUACAUUGUUAUCUUUGGGAGACAAAUCGCAGGAAGGGCAAGGAAUUUUCCACAGGAUACUGUCCUGAUCUACGUGUGUGUUCCAGAUCCCAAAGUUGCUUUUUCUUCAAAACAGAAGUAGUUUAAACAUACUUCUUUUUUCUGAAAUUGUGUUUAUCGUAACAUUUAGUCUGGCCUAAAGUACAAACUUAACAGAAGCUAAAUUGCAAGUUAGCACUUUUAAACAAUCUGAUGUUUUGAGCUGUCUUUAAGGCAAGAUUUUUGUUAUGAAGAUGAUAUUGUUAACAAGCAGGUGCCCUUACAUUUGGUACCAAAGAUUAUGCUGAUUUUGUAAUCGAUGUAGAUUUGUUUUCCUUCAAAUGAUGAAAACGUGUAAAAUUUAGUACUUGUUGCUGUGCUGCUUUAGAAACUGUUUUCAGUCAUUUUUUUGUUUAUUUGUUUACUACUAACUUGGUGUCUAGAUUUUGUUUGAAGGACAAAUUCCUUAACUUGACUUUGCUUUUUAUAUAUGCCUUGAAAAUUUGAAAGAGAUGCUUUCCCUUUAAAAAAAAAAAAGCAGACUAUGACCAUAAUAUUCUUGAAUCAAAAUAUUUAAUCAGAAUUAAUGUAAGUUAUAAAUAUCAUUGAAAUGUCAGAGUCUGUAUAGUUUAGCUGGCAUAGUGGAUUUUGUUUUUAGUUUACAAAACCACUUUUAAAAUGCAGAUUCUUCAUAGUGCUGGACAAUAUGUGCAUUAUUCUCGUUCUAUAGCAUCCUGAUGAGCAAUAUGUGAAAAUACCACUGACGAGUUCCCUUGCCUUUUCACUUCUUUGAAGCUCCACUUUCUAUAUGGGGCUGUGUUUUUUGUUCUGAGACAGCAGACAAUGAGAAUUACUAAUGGUUUUGUAUGAACAAAAAGGGUUGUAAACAGAAUGGCUGUAAAUCUAGAGUAUCAAAGCACAACUGAUGGAGUGACUUCAGAAAUGCAUGCUUGGGAAACAACCAGUGGUUCUCUCAUGUGGUUUCACCUGCAGAUUUCUGCCAUAUAGAAGAAGAAGAAAAACAAAUGCAGAAUAAAUCUUCAUUUUAGCCCUUUUCAGAUAUUCAGGGCCUUUUCACACACACUCAUAUGACCUGCACAUAUUUAGUGUGUUGAAAGGAACAGACAGGACCUGCACAGGUUUUAGUGCUCAAUGCAUAAUAGUCUGAGAGGGACCUCAAGACAAAGGGAGUGUAGCCUAUGUGCAUGCCUGCAUCUCACUACUCACUUUUAACCCUUAUGUGUUCAGACCAGUGCCUGAAGAGAGUGAUACAAUGCUGUGUAGAAGGAAGGGUGGGCUGAUUAUGCCAUUCCCAAAUGCAUGGAAUAAUCUGCAGGAACCUACCAGGCCAACAAGUCUGUACCUAGUCCAGCAUCCUUUUUGCUGCAGUGGCCAACCAGGUGUCCACAAGCAAGACCUGAAGGCAAAAGCCUUCUCUUUCUCUUUUCCUAGAGUGCAUAUUCAGUGGCAUUCUGCCUCUUUUCUCAUCAGGAUAUUCAUACAUUGGAUGAAACGGAUAAACCCAUAAAGGAAUGUGAUUUCCCCUGCCCACCAGGAAACUAUGAAUAGUAAAAUACUGCUUGUUGAUUUUUGCAGCAUAGGCAGUGAGCUUAGCCAUUGUUAUCAUUAAUUUCUACUAUUCUUUUCCUUACAAAAGGAAGCCCAUAGCAGAGAGAGAAAACAUUUUUUGAGGGAAGUGUAGGCUUAAAGAUUGGUUUUGUAAACUCCAAAGAUAUUACUGGAAAACGUAUGGUGUUUUGGAUGACACACAGACAAAAAUAGUCCAAAAUAAGAAUUCCUUAGGCUGCUUAAUGACCAUAAUAGUAAUGUUGGCAUGUUUCAUUAUGAAAUAUAGUAAUGUUAGAGCAGUCUAGUUAGACUGAUUUUUCAUAAAAGGUGUUAGAUUUCACACAAUCACCUUAAAGAAGUUGAGACUAGUGCCUUUUUCAUCCUCAGGCAUAACUUCAAUCCUAUUACUUAAUUCUUUUGUGUCAUAUUUUCCUCCCCUUAUCUAGACUAUUUCCACACGUCUAUAAAGGGCUAAUAAACUGGUUAACAAAACCACUUUUAUGUUUUGCAUCUCAGGGAAAUAUCAGUUUUCCAAUAUAAACACAACAGGAAAAGAUAGAAUUGAAAGUGGAUGAAAGCCUAUCAUAUUACAUAAAAAAGAAGAAGCAAGGUUUUCAUGAAAUGGAAUGAGGCUGCAGUCCUAUGCACCUUGGAAGAAUUCAAGGGGACAUUAUGGGAUUGCACCAUCAGGCUGCAAUCCUAUGCAAGUUUAGUUGAGAGUAAACACCGCUGGGCACAAUUGGACUUACUUCUCAGUAGAAGUGCAUAGACUUGGGAGUGUGAAAAAAAGCCACUUAGAUGAAGAAUAAGGAUGAUUUAAAAGAUGCUAGGAAAGAUUUAAAUGAUGGAAUGGUCUGCUUAAAAUACAAUGUUGCAGUGUUUGGCUCAGCAUUUCAUUUAGGUCUCGUUUCAUUGAAAAUCUAAAAUGACAGUAAUUUUAAAUCCGGAUGUCACAACUGUCUUUUUUUAUGCGCGAUGCCAUUUUGGGUCCUCCAGCCCCUUCAUUGUUUGCAUAUUAUGCAGAGACCAUGAGCUUCUUUUUUCUUUGUCAGAACUCUGCUCUUAGUUACAUGAGCACAGAUUCUGGAAUUUUCCCUGAAUGGCAGGAGCCCUGCAUUUCACCAAUGGGAUAUUGGCAAAAACUUCUCACAUCCUGCCCUGUGUCUUUGCCUUGAGCUUUUACUAUAUAUCUCUUCUCUUGAGUAGUAAAAACUAUCACCAUUUAAGAUCUACAUUCCCCGUUGAGAUCAAGCCCUAGAGGAGCCAUCCACAACCCAACACCCUCCCAAUGUUUUGGACGACAACCCCCAUCAGCUUCAGCCAGCAUGACCUUGUUGCUUGGGUCUGAUGGGAAUUGUAGUUCAAAAAACAUGGAGAGCACCAGGAUGGGGAAGGCUGUCCUAGAACUUAAAGAGUCAAAAAGGUAGCCUAUAGAAGCUUGGGCAAGGUUACAGUUAGUGGGAUGUACAUUUGCUCAUCACAUUGCAAAAAAUUUAAAGUGUUCAAAUGCAGGUAAGGAAUAAAUGGCUUCUUUGUUUUCAUAAUUUUUCCAUAACAUAUAUUUGUUGCUUGUUUCCUACCACAAAUAGCUACUGUGAUAGAGAAUCAUAAUUGACCAGCACUAUCUCCAACACAUACCCAGUGGUUAAAAUCUGAUCCCUUAAUGCAAAACUGUAGGAACAGUCUCUUUAGAAAUGCACAGGAAGAAAGGGAAUUUGUUUUCAUUCAGAUAAUUUUACUUGUGAAGACUUGUAAAUCAUAAAGCGGUGUUUUAUAAUUUGUGUUGUUGUUUUUUUUGUUUGGAGCUCUGGAGCUCCUAGAUUAAUGAAGAUAAAUGUAUAAUAUAUUCAUGUUUAUCCUUUGAGGAGAUUCUCCUUUUUAUUCCCUUUCUAAAAUGUGAAGACUACUCAACGUUUCCAUUGAGUUUGGAGUCUCUCUCUUCAACAAUGCCAGAAUAACGUCCCACGAAAAAGAAAUACAAUGUAAUGGAACUAAACGAAAAUGAAUGCAAUUGCUAGCUAGUAUUCUGUUUGCAUGUGCACAUUUGAUACCUUGAAAGACCAUAAAAGCGAGGAUUCGAAUUAGUCUGCUUUGUGGCAACUUUCAGUACUGGUUACCCACUGCCUUCAGCAAGUGUGGAAGUUAUGCAGCUUCUUAGAUCCUACAAGGCUUAGAUAGGCUGUGAUCCAAUGAGAUAACACCUAUUCAGACAAGCAAUAGUGGUGUGUGCACUGACGACAAGUUUCCGUUCAGACCCCAGUUUUGCCCUUCAGACAACAGUCCAGGGACCAUCAGCUCAAGGACUCAAGGACCUGGUAUUUCAGUCCACCACCUCCACCCCAGUAUCUGAAUUCACUAUUGGGAAUAGUGAAUUAAAAACAGCUAUAACUCAUUUUGACAGUGGAUGAAAUUUGCAAGUCCCUUCAGAGUGGAUAGACCCUUCAAAAUUACUAGCACAUUGGUUUUCGAGCUUUUGUGCUGGGCACAAUUCCUUUUGUAAAGGAGAUAUCUCUAGUAUUUCAUUUGGAGGGCAGAAUUGGAAGACAUUUACAGACAACAUUGCCCCUUCUCAAUCUAUUACUCCUGCUAAAUUUCAGAAGAAUGUCUCUUAAAGUUUUAGGAUAGGUAAAAAAGGAAUCCCUUAAUCUCCCAGGCUAGUGUCUUGAGGGCAAUAGGUCUGAAAAUCGUAGAUAUGAAAGCUGCCUUUGGGUAAAAAACCAACCAAAUUCCAGGUGAAUAGGUCUGGGGCCUUUUGUGUUAAGCACCUGUGACAUUUAUUGGGGGGGGGAGGGAAGAUGAACAAAACGGUUUUCACUUUUGGGGUAAAACCAUUCCCUCUGAUUAUAAUCUUGAUUUGACAUUCAUAGCAGAGCUCUUCCUCUGCCCCCUUCCCACCAUGGUGUCUGCUGUCCAUUUCCCCAUCACUUAGAGACAUUACUUUUGCUUUUAUCAGAUGCUUGUCUGCAGCAUUUUUUGACAUUUGGAUUGCUGAGGCGCCGUGAAAUGCUUCAGGGCUGCCUAUUUUUAUUCAUGACACCUUGAAAAGAGCCUGCUUUGCUUCUGUAAAGCUCAAAAUCUCUCCAAGGCAUCCUUCUUCAACUUGGGGUUCUGGUUCUGAUGCACACCCCUAAUAUAUUUCACAAUUAGCCUUUCCAUAAAUAUUCCAGUAUUUCAAUUGCUAAAGCUCUGGUCCUUUUUCUUUUUUUGUAAAUGACAUGUGUUGCAGGUUGAAGAAUGGGGCAACUGACUUUAAAAAAGACUGAAAAGUUUCAUUAUAAUUUAAAAAUAUGUGCUCCAAUCCAAUGGGAGGGGACAGUUACAAACAAGUAUUUGCAUGUGUGUUUCCUGGGCCAAAAAGUUCCAGUGUCUGGAUCAGACAUUGAGCUCUAUGAAACAGACACUCAUUAUCUGUUUCUCCUAUUAGAUUGAGAUGGUGGACACAUAUCUCUGGAUCUUGGUGCAAUUUCACUUUUUUCCCCUUUCCCCUUUCUUUUUUCUUUUUAAGAGCACUGUUACCCUGGAUAGGCAAAAGCACAACUGUUUUAACUGUAUAUACUAAAGGAAGCAAGUUUGCCAAAACCAGCCUUCCUGGACAGUACUACUGCUAUCGAGCUCCCAUUUGUGUGCACUGUUGAGAUGUAUUCUGUCAGGAUCAUCUUGUCUGAUGCUUUUUUAUUAUUAUUUUGUGUACAGGAGUUGUUGUUAAUUCUUUGUUACUUGUACAACCUGUAAAAUAAAUUAAAACUUUUUUUCCAGUA